AUGCCACCACCAUCACCUGAACUCGAAAAAUCAUUAUGGAAAUUUGAUAAAUUAUUAAAGCAUCCAGAAAGAGCAGUUACUUCAUGGUUCACAACGCCAUUGAUACUUUUAAUAGUACGAUCGAUCUUUUUAAUUUAUAGUUUGAUCACUUUGGCCACCUCUAUAUAUCUUUAUGACAUACAUGGUCAAUUAUAUCUGUUUUUGACAUAUUAUACGAAUUUGGGAUUUAUCGGGCUGACAGCAUAUUUUGCGACGGCGGUUGUUCAUUCCUCAGUCUUUAUGAGAUAUAAUGUGCCAAAAUCACUUGUUCUUCAACCAAAAAUGCUGACAAUUGCUUUUUGGCUAUUGUAUGAUACCAUUGUAUUAAACCACAUCGUAAUACCACUUGUCUAUUGGGCCUUUCUUGCUAAAACUCAUACUGAUGAAUUCGGUUCUUCAUCACAUAUGGGGCUUGUAAAAUUUCGCACAUACUCGAUGCAUGGUGUUGAUUUUUUCAUGAUGAUUGUUGAAGUGCUAUUGAGUAGAAUGCCACUAGUCUCGUCACAUUUAAUUUUCGUCAUAACGGUACCGAUUCUUUACAUAUUUGAAAUAUGGAUAAAUUAUGCGAUCAAUCAUACAUUUCCAUAUGAACCUUUAGAUUGGAGGAGAGGAAAAAAAGUAGCGGGGUAUUAUUUUGGAUUGCUAGGAAUCGCAAUUUGUGCAUUCUUAAUACAGAAAUUGAUACAUCUUUCUCGAGAUGCGGCUGGACAGAGAUUGUGGCGAAGAGGGUUGAUGCAGGAAAUGGAAACAUAUCGAAGAAAUGGUAGUAGUGGCGUCAAUCGACCGAAUGACAAUGUAGAUGUGGUGGUAGUGAGUGCUCCUGAAGAAAUUGAGAUUGAAAAUAUUUAA